AUGCUCAGGCCCCUGCUUAUCAUCUUAUUUGCCAUCCAAAUAGGAUUCGUAACUGCACGGCCUCAGUCCUAUGCUGUCUGGGCAGCAGAUUCUGCGAUUGCUCGGAAGCAAGGCAAUGGUCUGACAGCUCAAGGGGCUGCGAUUAUCUCGUACGAACAUGGUGAAUUGCAAUGGGGACUCAGGUUACUUUUCGAACGAACUGGGAACCGCACGUACUUUGACUAUAUCCAAAGUGGGGUCGACAACGUUGUAACCGCUGAUGGGACACCCCAUGGGAGUUACACGUUGACUGAUUAUGUUUUGGAUCCAUUGCGCGUUGGGCCGACGUUCCUUUACUUGUACAAACAGACGAAGCAAACAAAGUACAAAGCAGCAGCAGAUGUCUUCCGAAGUCAGCUCAAUUCCCACCCCCGAACGGCUGAGGGGCAAUUCUGGCAUAAGCUGAGAUAUUUCAACCAGGGUUGGCUCGACGGCAUUUACAUGGGAGAAAUAUUCUAUGCUCAAUACACUACCGACUUUCAAUCCAACAACGCCACAGCAUGGUCUGAUAUCACACGACAAUUCCAGCUCAUGUUCAAGAAUACUCUACAAAAUGAGACGGCACCGAACAGCUUUGGACUGUUGUAUCAUGGCUAUGACUUUUCACAUACGACGGUGUGGGCUUCCCCGGAUCGGGGACAUAGUCCUGAAGUAUGGGAUCGAGCUCUUGGCUGGUACAUGAUGGCACUCGUGGACGUACUUGAGAUCAUCCCAACAUCUGAUCCAGGACAUGCAACGAUUUUGAAUAUUCUCAAAACACUUGCUCCCCGUGUCCGGGAUGCAGCACACCCGACGACUGGUGUUUGGUGGCUCGUCAUUACUCAGCCAGGCCGCGCGCGAAACUAUUUCGAAAGCAGCGGAACAUCCAUGUUUAUCUAUUCCCUGCUGAAAGCGGUUAGGCUUGGGUACGUUAAUGACUCUGAUGGUUCGAUUGUGAGUGCUGCGAGGAAGGCAUACGAUUAUGUUACCGCAAAUUGGGUCAAACCCACAAGCGAUGGAACGUUUGAUUGGCAGAAUACUGUUGUUGUCGGAAGUUUGGAUCAGGCGGGGGAUUUCAACUACUAUGUCAGCCAGGCAGUGGACGUGAACGACCUAAAGGGACUAGCUGCGUUUCUACUUGCGAGCCUUGAGAUAGAGAGGUUAUAA